AUGGUAAUAGAAGCAGAAGAGGGAGGAAGAAGAAGUGAAUCAAAAGCCCCUUCUAAUGACUGGCCUUUGACAAAAGUUCCGGGUAAAGAUCCGGGUUAUAUAAAAAAAUCUGGUGGUUUGGGUAAUCACACAGAUGCAGAGGAUCCACUGUUGAAUAUCAAUCUGAACAAUUCCUCCAUAUGGACGGGAAAUUGGUCUCAACUUUGCCCUACUUGCAAGAUAAUUAGACCUGUUCGCUCAAAGCACUGCCCUACAUGUAAGCGCUGUGUGGAACAAUUUGACCACCACUGCCCUUGGAUUUCAAAUUGUGUGGGGAAGAAGAACAAAUGGGACUUCUUUGUUUUUAUCUGCCUGGGAGCUUUGUCCACAUUCAUUGGUGCUAUUGUUGCAGUUCAAAGAAUUUGGACAGCAUUGCCAACAUUGCGGACAGAAGAAACUUGGAUUCAAUAUGUGGUGGUUCAACAUUCAGGUGUUGUUGCCUUUCUGGUUAUGGACAUAAUUCUUUUGAUGGCUAGUGUAACUUUGACAACGGCACAAGCAUCCCAGAUAGCUCGGAAUAUCACCACUAAUGAGUUGGCGAAUUUCAUCCGCUAUGGGUAUCUUCAUGCUCCAGAUGGGCGGUUCCGAAAUCCAUACAACCAUGGGUGUCGAAAGAACUGUGCAGAUUUUCUCAUUUAUGGCUACACUGCUGAUGAGGAAAUAGCUUGGCCUCCAUUACAGCAGGUUGCCACAUAGUCCUAUUGUCAUGAUACGCAGUUUGAUAGCUAAAGUUGCUGUUUUGUUUCCGUUAAAACUCACAUAAGUUGCAUUGUGGUACCAAAGACCCAACCUUCCUGCAGCAGAUGUUCAUCAUGUUACACCAGAGGUCCUUUGGCUGUUGAUAUAUAAUCACCAGGUAAAGCCUCGAUCAUCAUAUGAUCACAGUUUCACAACCUCCAUUUUCUGUGUUUGUACAAUGGAAUACCAUAAUAUAGGGAAGAAAAAACCUUUGUUCCUGUAAUUACUAGUUCUAGCAUAUGUUCUAGGAACUAUACACCCUCAUCUUCUAUUUAAUAUUUUGUUUCUAAAUAAGUAGGGAAAGAGGGGUUGAUAUAUUAUAUUGGUUUACAAUUUUAUGCUGGCUUCAGACUUUGGAUGUCAAUUGUUUAAGAUGAUGAUCUGAGUGUCACCUUGCUUAAAAUUUUAGUUUAUACUUAUAAUUGUCUCACAAAUGGGAAUAAAUUGCUGCAGUAUUAUUAUCCAUC